AGAUGCAGUUGUCUCGAAAUGUCAGCUUCAGUCGUCAAUUUUGUCAUUUAAUAAUUAUCGUAACGUUGUACAUUAUUGAGAGUUUUUCAGAGUUCUAGAAUAAAUAAGCGACAUUUAGAAUUCUUUAGUAUUAAAAUUUAUCGAACAACGAUAACACUAUGUCUGCAUCUAAUAACGGCUGCUUUAUCUUUUUUGUUACAAGUUUAAUUUUGUGUGUGUUAAUAUCAACUGAUAACUUCGUCCUAGCAAAUGAGAAUGACGCUGAAAGUAUUUCUAAAAUAGGCCAAGGAAUGGGUCAUAUAAUGAAUAUUUAUUAUUGUUAUUCAUGUGGCUACAGAAAAGUAUUUGAAGAUUAUGCAGGAAUAAUACAACAAAAAUAUCCCGAAAUAUCAGUUCUUGGAGCUAAUUAUGACCCUCCCGGCUUAAAUAUGUACUUAUCACGAUUGAUUGGGUUUGCUAAGAUGAUUGUGAUAAUGUGUAUUUUAAGUGGUGUCAACAUAUUCGCAUGGUUAAACAAACCACAGCCAUCGUGGUGGAGCUGGUGCCUUGAAAACAAGCUAUAUGCCUGUAUGAUGAUGUUUUUCAUGGCUAACAUGAUUGAAGGACAAUUGGUAUCAUCUGGUGCAUUUGAAAUCUCCCUUAAUAACAUUCCACUGUGGUCAAAAUUGGAGACAGGAAGAAUUCCACAGCCACCAGAACUAUUCCAAAUCAUUGACAAUACAUUGCAAUUUUCCAAAAUGGAAAUGCCUGCUAAUAAUUUUGGUCAGUAACUCAGUAAUAUUAUUAAUAUAAACUCUUCUUUUAUGUAAUUUUGUUUUAGUGAACAUUACUGUCAGAUAUUUCACUCUAUAAUAUAAACAAGUGUAAAAUAUAAUUGUUGCCAAUGAUACCUGGCUCCUUCCUUAUUCACAAAAAUAUUUCUGAUUAUAAAUGAAAAAAUAUUUUUAUAUUAAUUGGGUUAAAAACUUAAUGUUUCAACAUUUUAAACACUAGUAGAAUUUACUUAAUAUUAUAUAGAAUAACCAUGUGUAUGUUUGGUACUGUAAUUAAUGUAAGUAUUUUUAAAUGAGAAAGUUAUUUUGUGAAUAAGAGUUCAAUAAUUGAUAUUGCAUGAGUGAUCAUAAUUGUUUUACUCUGUUUGCAACAGGGCAUUCUGUUUAAUUCAAUUAUUGUAAUACAUUUUUGAGAUUGUAUUUUGAGUAUCUUAUCUGUUCCUAUGGAUAACUGUUUACUUUAUUCUUAAAGCAUUUGUCCUUGUUAUAUAUCUUAGAGAAAUUAUCUAGUCAGGUGAUAUAAUAUGAUUCAUGCAGCAAUAUCAGAGAUAAACAGUGGUGGGAAAUAUUUAAUAAAUGAUGUUUUGCUUA